AGGAGGCAUGAAGGGCACUACGAUGGAGCCGGGGCUGUAGUUGCCCGCUGGGCUGGCUGUUCUUUUGCUUUUUGGCAGGAGAGGGAGCGCCGAAAGGCUCUGCCCAAAGAUGCCUUUGUGCGAUGCCCACUCCUCACAGAGGAGAGGAAACGGCGCCCAAACGCGGCUGCCCGUCUGACUGAUUGUGGCUACUUUGCGCGGAAAAAAAGCCUUUCUCCUCUCCUCCUGGCCGCCUUUCUGAACUUCCAGGGAUGGCCGAUUGACGUGCGGGGAAGGUAACGUUGAAUGGUGCUUCUCUACGCGAGCUCGUCCUGGCUGUGAGUGGGAAGGAGCAUCAAGGAGCGCUACCCUCUGGAGCAAAGGCAGGCAGGCUGGUGGCCCCGAAGAACCAGGCGAAUUUUGGAAGCAAGGGGAGGGACCCCCGAAGUAAGAGGGAAGGGGAGAAGUGGGGUGGAAAGAGGGAAAAGAAAGUAGGGAGGGGAAGGGUUAGAAAGGAAGGGGAAGAGUCUAGCAGAGCAUCCUUUUUCUCACACCUGGCAAACUGCGGAUUGGAGACUCUGGCUGCCCUCUUGGUAUUAUGUCUGCACUUCGAAGGAAAUUUGGGGACGAUUAUCAAGUAGUGACCACCUCGUCCAGUGGGUCAGGCUUCCACCAACAGCAAGCAUCGGCCCACAAGAAAAAGCGCCAGAGGUUUGUGGACAAGAAUGGCAGGUGUAACGUGCAGCAUGGCAACCUGGGCAGUGAGACAAGCCGCUAUCUGUCUGACUUGUUCACCACCUUGGUGGACCUCAAGUGGCGCUGGAACCUUUUCAUCUUCAUCCUCACCUACACUGUGGCCUGGCUUUUCAUGGCCUCCAUGUGGUGGGUCAUUGCCUACAUGCGGGGUGACUUGAACAAAGCCCAUGAUGAGAAAUACACACCUUGCGUUGCCAAUGUCUACAACUUCCCCUCUGCCUUCCUCUUCUUUAUAGAGACAGAGGCUACAAUUGGCUAUGGCUACAGAUACAUUACAGACAAAUGCCCAGAGGGCAUCAUCCUCUUCCUUUUCCAGUCCAUUUUGGGCUCCAUUGUGGAUGCUUUUCUUAUAGGCUGUAUGUUUAUCAAGAUGUCUCAACCUAAAAAACGGGCGGAGACACUGAUGUUCAGCGAACAUGCUGCCAUAUCCAUGAGGGAUGGCAAACUCACCCUCAUGUUCAGGGUGGGCAACCUUCGCAACAGCCACAUGGUCUCCGCACAAAUCCGCUGCAAACUUCUCAAAUCUCGGCAAACUCCUGAAGGUGAAUUUCUGCCCCUCGAUCAACUUGAACUGGAUGUAGGUUUUAGCACAGGGGCGGAUCAACUUUUUCUUGUGUCACCACUUACAAUCUGCCAUGUGAUCGAUUCCAAAAGCCCCUUCUAUGACCUUUCUCAGCGAAGCAUGCAAACUGAACAGUUUGAGAUUGUUGUCAUCCUAGAGGGCAUUGUGGAAACAACUGGAAUGACUUGUCAAGCCCGAACAUCAUACACAGAAGAUGAAGUUCUCUGGGGUCAUCGUUUUUUCCCUGUUAUUUCCUUAGAAGAAGGAUUCUUCAAAGUAGACUACUCCCAAUUCCAUGCAACCUUUGAAGUUCCUACUCCACCUUACAGUGUGAAAGAACAGGAAGAAAUGCUUCUUAUGUCCUCCCCUUUAAUAGCACCAGCUGUAGGUAACAGUAAAGAAAGGAAUAAUUCUAUAGAAUGUCUAGAUGGCCUAGAUGACAUUGGUACAAAGCUACCUUCCAAACUACAGAAAAUGACCGGAAGGGAAGACUUUCCUAAAAAACUGUUGAGAAUGAGUUCUACUACUUCAGAAAAGGCAUAUAGCAUGGGGGAUCUUCCUAUGAAACUUCAGCGAAUAAGUUCUGUCCCUGGAAACUCAGAGGAGAAACUGGUAUCUAAAACCACAAAAAUGUUAUCAGACCCUAUGAGCCAGUCUAUGGCAGACUUGCCACCAAAACUUCAAAAGCUAUCAGGAGGAGGAGGCAGAAUGGAGGGAAAUCUUCCCCCAAAGCUGAGAAAAAUGAAUUCUGAUCGAUUUACAUAACAGGAACAAACUAUUUAGGCAUUACUUGAAUUGCCAUUAUAUCUAAUUUGGGCAGAAAAGCAAACACAUUUAAAUAAUAUUUGGUGACUGGGUUUCUUUACAGCUUCAUGUACUCUGGGAUAAUACUCUCCCCCAUUAAGGACUGAUGAAAUCUACAAUAAAAGAUCCGAAGUUCAGCUUAGAGUCAUCUGAAAGCUAAUAAGCUAAUACUAUUUGGCAUGUAGUAUCAUCACAAGCAUGCAAUAAUAGUGUGCAAAUUUUGCAUAUAGUUUUAUGGCAUGGUUCUUACUAUAUUUAUACUGUAUAUUCUGGGAAAAAUAUAAAUGGAGUGUUAUUCUCCUAUAUUUCUUAAGCAUUGAUUAAUAAGCAAAACAAAAGUGGGCUACUACAGGGCAGAUUAUAGAUUAAUUUGUAAGGGGCACAAAAUCCAGCAAAAGGUAAACAUUUCAGACAUGACCAUGUGCCCAUUGCAUCCUCCAUUUCACAUUCAAAAAGAUGGGGAGUGUUCUGCUGAUACAUCUCCCACUCAGUAGCAGCUCUCAUAAGAGUAAGGAAAUCUGAAGGAGAAGGCUAUACAUAAAUAAGAAAUUGAGUCAGACCUUUUUUUAACAUUUAAAUAAGUACUUAAUUACUUUCCAAUCAAUACAGUUGAGUGUGUAUGUUGUCUGAAUCAUGCCCAUUUUUUUUUCCUGAUGUAAAUUGUGAUGUUUUCUUCAGACGGUUAUAGUGCAUGUUUUCUUUGUUCAAAUAAGGCUAUAGCUAUUAAGAAUUCUGAACACCAAAACUUUAAGCCUUAAGCUCCUUUUUUCUUGCUUUAACAUUUCCCCCACUUUAUUUUGUUACAUGGACAUUAUAUCUUUUCUUUACAUAAAAGACAGUCAUGGUUAGAAGCACGCAAAAUAUAUGGCAGGCACAGUUCUAUUCUAGGCAAAGAUCAUACAAUCAAGAAAUAAUUG